AGGGAAUAUUCUCUCUCUCUCUCGCGUACGAAGAUAAUCGAAAAAACCAAAAACCCUCUUCGUCCCCUCUGGCGACGCACGAAGCCUCCCGAGCCCAAUCCCCCCCAAAUCCCCUCUCCCAAACCCUAAUCGUCAAUAAAAGGGGCGUAAAAGACGAAUAAGAUCCCAAUAAAACCCUAAUUAUCCCUCCCCGGGAGCUUCAUGCGAGCAGGAAUUGUGUAAACAUGUGCCAGUCGAAUCGGGAUUCAUCGAACUCGCUCCACAACUUGGAUUAGCAGGUUUACUUCCAGCUGGCUUCUGGUUAUUUAGACCAAGAGAAAUGAACGGGUCAUUUAACGGGCAGAUCUUGGUGGAUAAGCUUGCUAAGCUCAAUAAUUCACAGCAGAGUAUAGAGACUUUGUCGCAUUGGUGUAUCUUCCAUAGGAAUAAAGCUAAGCAAGUUGUGGAAACAUGGGAGCGACAAUUCCAUUGUGCUCCCCGGGAUAGGCGAGUAUCAUUUCUAUAUUUGGCAAAUGAUAUCUUGCAGAACAGCAGGCGAAAGGGAAUGGAGUUUAUCAGUGAAUUUUGGAGAGUCCUUCCCGGUGCGCUUAACGAUGUGCUCAAUAAUGGGGGCGAGUUUGGAAGGAAUACUGUAAAGAGACUGGUUGCUAUAUGGGAAGAGCGUAAAGUAUUUGGAUCUCGUGGGCAAAUUCUCAAGGAAGAGCUAUUAGGGAGGAAUCUAGAGAACAGAAAUAGAGAUGGAAAGGGCAUUAGCUACAAAUUGAAACAACCUGGUGGAGAACUGCUGGAGAAUCUUAUUUCGAGUUAUGAGCAUAUCAAUAGUGUUCCUGUAGAUGAAGAAACCUUAUUUGGAAAGUGUCAAGUGGCUAUUAGUUUCAUUGACAAGGUGGACAAGGAUUACGGGAAUAACUUAACUCCAGGGAAUGGCAAUGGAUCUAUAGUGGGGGAGUUACAGAUGCACCAUGGCAUACUAAGAGAAUGUAUAGAACAACUAAAAGCAGCUGAAUCAUCUCGGACAACUCUCAUUUCCCUUUUACGAGAGGCGCUUCAUGAGCAAGAACUGAAGAUUGAACAAGUUCGUAAUCAACUUCAGGUGGCUCAGUCACGGUAUGAACAAGCUGACAUUAUAUGCCAAAAGCUACCAGCCUACAACAUUGCGCCGCCGCCGACCGAUCAUCAGAAUUUCCAAGAGUCAUCCUCUGUCCUCCAAGAAUCUGCUGCUCUUACUGGCGAAAAACCCCAAACCACCACUGCAACGUACACACCAGAGGCACCUCUCAUCAACCCCAGCAACCUGUCCCACCACCCUGAGGCUGCAGAGGACCGGAAGACUGCCGCUGCUGCCGUGGUGGCGAAGCUGGCAGCUUCAACCUCCUCUGCCCAGAUGCUCAGCUAUGUCCUCUCCUCCCUGGCUUCUGAGGGUGUCAUCACCCAACAGCCGAAAGAAGAGCAUCCUCCCGAUAAUAAGCGCCCGAAACUCGAGAAUGCUGUUCCUUCCUAUGUCCCUUCCCACCCUCAGCCACCGCUGCCCCUACCUCCCUUCCAGCAUCCUGAUGCACUGCAACCGCCGCCGCAGCCGCCACAGUCAUCGCCGCCACCCGUGGGCCACUCGAGUCCUAUUGUUCAGCAGCAAGCGCCGCCACCGCCUGCCUCUUUGCUGCCAGCCAUCAGCACCACUCAGUUCAUGCAGAAUGCCGCAGGUUCCAUGACGGGUGUACCAUACGGCUACGGUUCAUCUCCUCCCUUUCCUCUGCCGGGCUAUCCUAUGGUCGGCGGCAUGCCCCCAUUCCCCAUUCCGCCAAACAUGUUCCCUAACUUCCCUGUAUCGGACAGUGGUGGCGGUCUCUUUGGCCAGCCCCCGCCCUUGCCGACGGCUCCGCCUCCCAUGACCAAGCAAUAGAGAACCAAAGCAUUUGCCAGGGGAAAAAGCUUUUAAGAUUAUGCUGGACUUAAAACUUCCUUGAGGGAUGACCCUAGUCGAAUAGAUACUUUUUUGUGGUUUUAUCAUCAUUAAUACCAUUCUGUGUUGUAUAUUUCGUGAGCCUUAACAAACAUUUCAUGUGUUGAAGUGUAAUCUACUGAAUAGAUCGGAUGUGUCUGAUACCUGAUAUGGAUUGAAUUGCUAACAUUUUAUGUUGCUAGGACUUUUUUUCUGAAUUCCAAACUACAAGAGCAGGGAGAGAUUAAUUUCCUUAUAA